AUGUUCCAAGUCGGCCAGGUGCUCAAGGGUCGGGUGGGCUCUUACAAGCUGACGCGCAAGCUGCAAGACUCGGUAUGGCUCGGCGUUAAUCAGCAGAUCGAGCAAAACGUCAUCGUGAAGUGGGUGGACCAUUUCCGCACGGGCUACGAGCGUACUGCGCUUCUUCGUUUCCAGGAUCGGACUCCACAUAUCCGGCCUUUAUUGGAUGAAGUGCAAUUGGAGAACGGAAGCAAAUGGCCGGCACUUGUUCUCAAAUGGCUCGAGGAUGACACUCUUCGCACUUCGGCUCGCGGGCCUGUGACCAGGUCUGAGUCGAAGCGUGUGGGAGCCGGGGUUUUGAAGGCGCUGCAGGUGAUUCACGACGAUGGCUAUGUGCAUACCGAUGUCAAACCAGAUAACAUCCUGGUCAACUUCGAUCCUUUAAGCAAGGAGAUCACCGAUGUUCAACUAGCCGACCUCGGCUCUACCGUGCAAGAAGACUCCAAGCAUGCCAAAGAUGGCGACAUGAUUGGCACCGCCCUGUUUCGAAGCACAGAAGCAAUUCUUGAGAUGCAGUGGGCCAGACCUACCGACGUGUGGUCAUUCGGGGCGACGAUGAUCAGUCUCAUAUACGGAGGCAAUUUCAACCUUCUUCGACCAGACGUUCCGGUCGACCAUGAUGAGUACGAUCUCAAGAUUCUGAUGAAGCAAAACCAGUUCUUUGGCCCGCCUCCCAUCAAGUACACAGAGAUUGCGGACGAGGAUCGGCUCGAGGUCUUGACAUAUGUCGUCGAGAACACCAAGGACAAUCCUCUACCCUUUCGCAACAUCACCACAAGGGAAGUGUCGGAAGAAGACAAGAAGUUCUUGCUGAAGAUCAUGAAAAUCGAUCCAAGGGAUAGACCGACCGUUGGAGAACUGCUAGAAGAUGAGUGGUUCAAUUCUACCUGA